AUGUCAACUCCGUCACUCCCGGCCAGUACAUCGUUCCUAGGCUACCCCGCACGCCCUACCUCUCCAACCUCUAUCAUCCCUUCUGGAUCGACCACUCCCUUCAUGUUCAUCUCUGCCCCCAGUCCCGCUGCUCCCUCUGAAGCUCCGGACUCGAGACGAACAAAGAAGGUGACCUCUAAUGACCGCACAGCACCCAUACCCGGACCUUCGUCCUUCAACCGGACAAGUGAAGUACUUCGCUCUCCGUUGAAUGCAACUGAAGCCGCUUGGUCCUCAGCUCAACUAGGACCAUUCAGUAACUUCUUCGUGGGCUCCGGGAGCCAUGACAAGGUGAGGAACUCCUCGCUUGACGCGCCUGCCACCCCAUCCCGUGAAGAUAGCAGCUCUAGCACGGCUCAGCCUGAACCGCGUACACCUCAACAAACUGGUCCCUCUGAGCCUACCAAUCUUGCGACACCCGGAGCAUCGAAGAUCCACAUGCCCGUGCCCGACAAGCCCUCUCUGUCCAUCCUUAGAGGAGUCGAGCCUCAAGCUACGUCCACGCCCUGGCGACCCUCCUCUAAGAACAAACAAAGCUCGCCGAGCCCGCCUUCCUCUUCAGAUAUGCGUCAAGCCGCCAAAGAGGCUGUCGACCCCGUCCAUCUUCGGGAUCUGCUUGACAAUGCUGGUCUAUUCUUUGCCCAUCUCCAUCGCCCCGAGGAAGCCCAACACAUCUACCGGAGCCUUAGUGCUCCAGACACUCUCGACCGCUACGGCUUUCUAUUCUACGAAAGCAACUACGUAGUGAACGAAGAACUUGAGACGGAUGACAUCCACAACUCCAAAAUUGUAGAAGACAAGGAGUUCUGCUACAGCCUACUGGUUAAGCAUCAACAUUGCACUGAGUACGUCGUAGAAGGGCUUGAAGUCCUGGUGAACGCUAUGCUUCGAUUGGAGAGUGUGACUCGUCGAUGGAAGUCUGACCAUGCUGACGUCUUGAUGAGUGUGCUGCAUAGGUCCUCUUCAAGAGGAAUGGUCUCCGAUGCACACCGAACCCUUCAAUACCGCAAGGCAAAAGCACUUACCUUGAUCCAUCAACGACAAGCUCUGCAUUGUGGACACUCGUACCCUACCUCAGUCAAGUUGACUGCUUCAGAUUUCAGCAUGGAGCUUACUAUGUCCAAGACCAAGCGUGAAAUGCUCGACAAGUGGCUGAAGAAGCCCGACGUAUUCCCCAACCUAACCCCAGAAUACCAAGAAGUUGUACUUCGUCGGAUUCAGGCCGCUCAGAACGACGAGGAGACACCACCUCUACCUCACAUCGUGUUCGAGCAACACUUCAAGAUCCUACCGAACUCCCUCCUGGUGGAUCCAAUAGUAUUUGAGCAAGAACUCACUCAAGGCAUCUUGUAUACCACUGAUGAGCCCACUAUGCGCACCGAAGCUCCCGUCCUCACACCUUUCCCUCUGUCCAAUGUUGACUCCCGCCCUCGCUACACGAAUCGUUCGAGCUUCGGCAAUCCCGGCUUUGGCUUGCCGCCCGCUCAAGAUGAACCUGCUCGCCACGUACAGUUCCAAGACCCACCGCCAAAGUCUCAGCCUCAGUACUCUCAGUCGUGCCCAACUGCGCCUCCUAUCAACGAACGGCAGUCCUCUGGUCCUUGGAACCGAGUCGACUCAAAUGCCCUUCCCGACUUCGGAGCCGCUCAAACUGUCCGGGACACGGUCUUCCCACAAGGUCAACCAUUGUCCUCCAUGCAUCCCCAACCAGUCUGGCGUAUGGAAUCUCUGUACCCAGGCUCUCAAGGGGCGCAACACGACCUACCUCUGCACAUGCCUCAAACCACCCUUUCAGCCUCCCAAGCCCCAUCUAACGCGGCCAAAGGGGCCAAUGGUGAUUACAUCUACCACUACAACGUUCCUCCUACUGCCUCGUUCCACAGCGCUCCUCCUACCAGAUACGCGGCGAGUGGAGGGAAAGUCCCUCCCUCGAUGCAAUUCCCAAGCCAAACAGACCCUCUGAAGUACCCAGAGGAUCCUCCCGGCAACUACGGAAGGGGACCCCCAUACGGCCCACCUCGAGGAAACGGUGGUGGCCCCAGCAGCGGCAGUGGUAACAGCGGAGGAGGUGGGGGCGGAGGCGGCGGAGUGGAGGUGGAGGUGGUGGUGGAGAAGGAAAUGGAGACUCUCCUCGUCCGCCAUGUCCAGCCUGCGGGUGGAGGACCACCAGGUGGAGACCCACCUCCACCGGGAAGCUACGCCUAUGGACACUUGCCUAACAGCCAAACAGCAAUCAUUAUCCAUCACUCUCCCGUGCCUCGCAAACAAGGGGUCCGUCUUGACCAGAAGAUCUUGCGCAACUCUGUUCCUCAGUGGGAUGGGGACCUUAAGACUAUCCUCACUUACCUGCAUAAAAUGAACAACCUUGCCAUGAAGAAUAUACACAUCGUCGCGCGAGAGACACAAGUCAAUGAGAUCGCCGUGGUCAUGCAGAAUGUGCCGCCGACCUGGUCCACCGUCCUGUCACUCGACACCAUUAGCACUAUCCCUGCCCUCUUAGCCAAGGUAUCGGACAAGAAGGACAAGCUCAUCGUGUUCGCCUCCAUGGCUCCUGCUAACUUGUCCCAGUACAAACAAGUAUUGAAGCUUCCUGCGGCUAAGAAGGAGACCAGGUCCUUCAGAGGUGGUUUUGAAUUCAAUGUAGACAACAAUGGUGCUUUGACUUCCCCUCCAGCGGGAAUCGUAGCUAGUGAAGGAUUCACUCCUACGGGUCAGGCUGAGAACACUGCUACGGAGGCUCAUGCAGCAACUGUGCAGAACCAGAAGUCAUCAUCGAACAGACCCCACAGCACUGGACCAAAACCUCCUCGAGCUGGUCCUCGAUUCCCUAGGAAUGAUUUGGUCAAAAGCAAGCGCGCGCCGCCCGGCGAUUGUAGAGUCUGCGGCAGCCCUUUUCAUUGGGAUUGGGACUGUCCCCACUGGAACAAUAACUUUAACAAUGUGAGACUUUCUAACACUUUGUGGGCGGACAUCCGUCGUUCUGAGGGCGAGUAUCUCAAGGGUACCAUCAGCCAACAUUGCUAUGAACCCAAACCGUCCGCCUCCUAUUCUGACUCUCUACUGCACGACCAUCCUUCCAUUCUUGAGGAUGCUCGCCCUGAUGGUGUCCCCGAAGCUAAGCUAGAAGAUAUGCUGGCGGAAGUGCUCGCCGUGGAUGGUUCCACCCAUCACUUAUACGGCCGUGAGGCCUUUGCAGGCACUAAGUCUGCAGCGGGUGAAAUGUUCACCCCUGCAGAUUCUACAGCAAUGCUGGCUGGUCUCCCCCCAAGCCGAAAGUAG